AUCUGCUCAUUGGAAGUUAAAGCAGAUGUUAGGAAACAGUAUAGGUGACAUGGUCAAAUGUUGGGAAGCCAUGAAUAACAACUUGAGGUUACAACUGGGAAACAUUAGAGCUUCAUUUCAAAAGAGUUUUUACGAAGUUGAGAACGCGCACGUAAGUCCCUUUUAUGGUUAUUUGCGUGGUUCCGUAUCUCGAGCUGCUUUGAGACGUAUUGCUGAAGAGUUAUUGAGAGUUGAUUAUGUUGGAACUAACAGGCAAAUAUGUGGUUGUACUCUUAGAACAUCUUAUGGGUUACCUUGUGCUUGUGAGUUAGGAAGAUACAGAGUAGGUGGUAUACCGAUACCCAUUGAUGCUGUUCAUGUUCAUUGGAGGAAACUAACUAUGGAAGUUGAGUUAGAUAUAGGUGAAGAUGAUGGAUCAGAGGUGGAUAUGACAGCUGCAAUGGAUGAGUUGUGGAGACGAUUUAGGUCAUUAGAUGUUGUUGGGAAAAGGGCAUUAAGGAGUAGGGUAUGUGAACUAGCAUACCCAACAAUGACAACAUUGUGUCCACCACCUGAGAAAAUAAAAACCAAAGGAGGAGUGAAGAAGAAAGGGAAAAAACCAGCAGAUUAUGAUGUUUAUAGGGACCCUUCGUAUCAUGAGUAUGUUGAUAAGGCAUCUCAAUCUUCACAAAGGCAAUCUCAACCAUCACAGACUUCGAAGAAGAUCAAAUUAUCAAAGAAGCAACCACAAUUCAUUGUUCAAUUUCCUAAUCAUAUUAGGUCAUACAUUGAAGAUGUAGUUAAUGUUGAAUCAGAUGGUAAUUGUGGAUUUAGAGUCAUUGCAUCAUUGCAUGGAUAUGGUGAGGAUGGUUGGUCAAUGGUUCGCAGAGAGUUGGGGUUGGAAUUAAUAGACAAGGAUAGGUCAACUUUGUAUGACAAGUUAUUUUCUAAUCGGUUGUCAGCUGUGAGAGAAUCUUUGAUGAUAGAAUCGUUUGGUUCACAGCCACCUGAAAAAUGGAUGAGUCUACCAGAUAUGGGUUACUUGAUAGCCAAUCGUUAUAAUGUUGUACUUGUCUGUUUAGGCAAUCCGUGCAUCACUUUCUUUCCGAUGACAAGUUCACAUUCACCAAAUGUCUCUAUUUAUUGCAUUGGUUUUGUUAACCAGAAUCAUUGGGUUCAGGUUAACAUGAAAGAGGGGUUUCCAUUGCCACCGGUCACAUUAGAUUGGAAGAAAUUUCGUUCUCAUAUAGCAACUACUUGGAUGCUAGGAUUUGCAGGACGUAUGCAACAUUGGCAAUUACUUACACCUGUAUUAGCAUGAUUAUGUAAUCAAAACAUAAAUAUGUAAUCAAAACAUGAAAUCUAUAUUAUUAUGUCUAUUAUAUUCAAAGCUUAAUACAUAUAAUCAAUGUGAACGAGAAA